UCGUUCUUACAUACUUACAUAUUCGCAAAUUGCAACAAAAUAAAUAAUUUUGCUAAUGAUUUUUGCAUAUUUUUGUAUUUAUUCCUAAUAAAAUGGUGUCUCGAAGUUUAACAGAAGUGUUUGUAUUAAUGCGUAAUAAUGCUAUCCAUAGCCGGCACAUAUUCUCCGAACAGAAUGACUCUGAAAGAGUGCGGUUGAUGAGGUCUUCCUCCCAUGAUGUGGAGGCGUCUAUGGAGCUGAGGUCGGAUUCACAUGCGCCACCACCCUGGACGGAUGCACUCGAAGAGGCUCACUAUGUCAUCACUCGGUUAAGAACAAAACUAUCCGAGCUGCAGUCACGUCAUGAGCGCCAGAUCCGCCGGCCGGCGCUGGACGACACCACAGAGCAGCAGCACAUCGGCAGAUUGACGGCUGAGAUCGGACGCCACUUCACACACGCACACACGCAUCUCACAGCUAUAAAGGCGCAAAUACGACACGGUAACAAAACAGAGCAGAAGUUAGCCGCCAACGUAGUACUAGCACUGGUAACAACGUUACAAGAACUGAGCAUCACAUUCCGAACAGCGCAGUCCACUUAUCUCAAAUCGUUAACGACCAGAGAAGAACGAUCAAACGCAUACUUCGACUUACCCAACUUCGAAGAACUAAGUUUAAACGAUAACGCAGACCUACUCUCAAAUAACCAAACGGAUCUGCUGUUCUCUCUACCGAGCACAUCCGGCACCCAAAAACAAGGAUAUGCAGAGGAUGAUCAAGUCGAUGACAUGUUCCAAAAGCCAGCGUUGAAUCAGAAACAAAUGCUGUUAAUGCAAGAGGAGAACACACGGAUAGUUGCAGAAAGAGAGGAGGAAGUCAACAAAAUUGUCCGUUCAAUUAUGGACCUUAACGAUAUAUUCAAAGAUCUAGGACAAAUGGUCCACGAACAAGGUACGGUUUUGGAUCGAAUAGACUAUAAUAUUGAACAAACACAGGUACAAGUGCAUGAGGGGUUUAAACAGUUACAAAAAGCUGAUAGAUACCAAAGGAAAAAUAGGAAAAUGCACUGUAUACUCAUAUUAGCUGUAACUAUUAUUGUAUUAGUUAUAUUGUUGAUUAUUGUGAAGAGUUAGUUCUAAGGAUGCCUUAUAUUUCGUAGUGAUUGCGAAUUUACAACGCUUAACACCUGAGGGGGUGAUGUACAGUAUAGGCUGUGUACAAUAUUAUCAUCUAUUAUCUUCAAGAGGGUAUUGUUAUAGGUUGUUGAUAGGUUUAUUACGGCGGUAUUGGAGUUUUUUUUGUAUACUGCUAAUUGACAAUCUGCUUUUUAUAUAAAAUUAGUGGCGUAGCUACCUAGGGGCUAGGCAGUUCUCCAGGGCUCUCAAGUUCAGAGGAUCCUCGAACCCUUACCAGAAAAUUUCAAUCGAACUGAACUUUUGAAAAUUUCUCCCAUUUCGAAAAUAUAUAUUACACAUUGCAACCUGACUUUAAUCAUGGCAACUCAGUUGAGAGACUUCGAAAGUUAUACCCCUAAAUUCUCUCUGUGGGUUGCUGUUUCAGAUGUAGAGUUAGAUAUGGCAAUAAAAAAAAUAGAUAUGGCAGUGAAAUUACAGAAUAAGAAGCAUGACAUCUUAGUCCUCAAGAAUGAUGUAUGGGUGUCACAUGAGGUAUGGAUGUCACAUGUUAAUGCGACGCUUUUUUCUUUUGACGGAUUUGGACUAUUGUUAGGUGCUAAGACCUGGAGCACUGCAACCUACAUAGAUCUAUUGUGCUCGCCCUUUUUCAAACCUAUAUAACCUAUCCCAUCAGUACACAGUGAUAGAGUAUAUACUUUCCAAAGGAGACGUUUCGUUUAUCCAUGAGUGACCCUACAUGACCCUAAAAACCCUAAUAAUCCCCUAAUUGUUAAUGUACAGUUGUUUAUUACAAUUGUUAACUAUACAUAAUGAAAUAGGUUAAUUAAAUGCACACUCUAGUCUUUAUUUAUAUUAGAUUAAGCUAAAAUAAUAUUUUAAAUGUAUUUAUUUAUUUGUUCAAAUUUAUGAAUGAUGGUUGGGUAUGAAAUUGUACAGUCAGCAACAAAAUUUGUUAAGUAAAUUCUUGUACCAAGAUAAUUGUGAAAAAAUAGACCCGUGUUUUGUUAUAGGUUUAUUAUUACAGUGUAUAAGAAAAUCUGUAUAAGGGCAUUUAAUGUUCGAUUGUCUAGUCAGCAUUGAGAGCCAUACAGAAAUGAUCAUACGUUAUGUAUAGGGGCCGGGAGAGUUAGCACAUGUUAAUCAGCCUCAGAGUUAAUUUUUUUUCUAGGCGAGCCAAAAAUUAAAAUAAUGAUGCAUCCUCUAAGAAGCUAACAUUUUUACACCAUUCUUUUCUUAAGCGGUUUAAGUCAUAAAGGGCAGUUAUAGCCAACUGCAUUAUGAUAGUGUGAAAAGUGUAUGCGCUCUGCGAAAAAUAAUUUACUUGACAACCUUAGUAGUUAAGUUUUCAAAAGUGCAUUAAGAUGAGCUGUGUAUUUGCCUGCCAAGUUCGAACUUGCCGUCCCCAGAGCGGGCCGCCUGGGCACUGGCCCUGUGUUGCCCCUCUAAAUCUGGGUCUAACGUUCAGGGACGGAUCGUGAAUUUGUGGAGCUCUGGGCUAAAUAUACUUAGGGGCCUACCUAAUUAUAUUACUCAACCAAAAAAA